AGACGGCAAUUGUUCUGGUGCACGAUGUUUUGUGUGUAAACAAAUUGGUGAUAACACAUCACUCGAUGAUUCAGUAUGUAAAGAGGGUACAGGAAAUAUUUUGCUGUUAAUUUAGCUUUGCACGUUGACCGAGGAAAGAUAUCAGUUCGCUAUUAUAGUAGUGUAUAGGUGAUUUGUAAAAUUCCCGCUAAAAGUGUUUGUGUAGUGGUUUUAUCUAGAAAAUAAUGAGAAUGUGACGGGAAACAGACGUAUAGUAGGACGUUAUACUGAAGUGACAAUGGGGAGGAAGAGGAUAAGGGCGAGGAAGCGUACAGGUCCGAAAGGAUUUAACCCUGUCAGCGCUAAUUUUAACAAGCAACCGAAACAGCAGACAUAUUUUAAGCGGAAACCACAGCAUUAUGUGUGUAGCACUCAGCAACUGGCAUCAGAGUCGGAUCACACAUUGUCUGGAAGUACAACUACCCCGAAGGAAGUGAUAGAAAUGGACCUUCCGGAUGAAGUGCUAAAUGUGAAACAUACAAAUGAAGCAAUAGUUGUGGACCUUACUAAAGAAGUGACAGAAGUGGAGAGUACAAAUGAAGUCAUAGAGGUGAACACUACGAAUGCAGCAGAACUACUCGAUACACAACCCCGUAUUCUGUCAGAUACCUCACCUGAUCUCUGGCAUAAAGUUACCGUGAAACCAGCAGGAGGUGACAGAGUAGCUGUUCUCUAUGCCAUCAACAGGCAAAUUUCUCCACAGAAGCUCAUUCCAUAUUUUUUUUGUAUGGAGGAUGGACAUAUAACAUUCUUAGUGAAAAACUGCAGUGCUGCCCUCACAGUAUUGUUCAAACAGAACCUUAAAGUGCAAUAUGGUCUUACUAAGAUUGAAUUGAAAGUCGAGCUUCGUGCCAAGAAAGUGAACCUCUCUGCAAUUCUGCAGAAAAUUAUCAGUGAAAGGCUCAGCUCUGACGGGACUUUCUUAGACCUGUCACACCUGACUAGCAUUCCUGAAUUCCAACAAGUGAUGUACGACCCAUCAGAAAACGUCCAUUUGCAGCAGCAGUUGCUGAAAACAGGAGAAAUGUUCCCGAACGUCGUUAGUCUCAGUCUUGCUGGAAAUGGGCUGUUCACACUGAGCCAUCUCGCCACUGUCUUUGCCGAUAAACUGAAGUGGUGCUCACUAAAAGUAUUAGAUCUGACUGACAACAAGAUAACAACAACUUCUGAUCUGGCGAUCUUCAGUUCUAUACCUAUCAGAGAAUUGUAUUUGAACAAAAAUCCUGUGUGUGGAAGACACAGAAACGAUGAGAGCUACAUAAGUGUCAUCAGAGUGAACUUCCCUCGUCUUAUUAAAUUGGAUGGGGCUUACCUUCAACGCACUCCGGGCUUACCUCGGUGGCGGCCAAAUUACAUUUUCUGUAGGAGCGGGGGCAACUCGGGUGAGCUCGCCGACCAGUUUCUUGAGCACUUUUUCACACUGUACGAUGGUGAGGAUCGGACUUGGCUGUGGGAACUCUACCACGAGGAUGCCUACUUCUCACUCUCUAGCAUGUACCUUCCUGAUCAGAGCACAUCACGCGAUGCAAGGCUGAGCUCAUAUAUAGCAGAGUGCCGUAACCUCUUGCACACUUCUGCCAAACUGAGGUCAAAGACUGCACUGGCCCAUGGGGCGGAGAAGGUCAUCAUGAGAUUAGAGAAGCUGCCGAGGACUCGACAUGACCCGUACUCCUUCACUGUAGAUAUUCUACAUGAUUCUGACAAAAGUACUAUAUUGACUGUUACGGGUGUGUUCAAAGAGCAAAAUCCAAAACAGAAGACAUCGCCUCGACAUUUUAUGCGCACCUUUGUCCUGGUCAGACGACCAAGUGGUGAAUACCAGAUAGCUAAUGACAUCAUGUAUGUUACAAAUGCAACAACAGAUGAGGCGGAGGAUGCAUUUCGAUUCACAAAGCCACAUACAAACCUAAAAAAAAUCAGGCCACCAAGGGAAGUAACAGAGAGUGAUAAAAAUUCCAUGACAGAAAAGUAUUCACAACUUACCAACAUGACGUCUGAGUGGUCACACAAGUGCCUGGAAACUGCGCACUGGGACCUAAGAAAAGCACUCCUAUCAUUCAUUGAAAUGUACAAAGCCGGCAAAAUUCCAGUAGAAAGAUUCAUAAAAGCAAAAGAAGCUGCAAAAUCAUAAAAAGGGAAAAGCUGUUGACCUCCUUCGAAUACCUGUGUCUGUACAGUAUUUGAACCAGCUACUUACAAACGUUACAUGCAUUGUGAAUGUGGUAAUUGCUGUAAUUGCAGCAGCAUUAUUCCAGAAAAAGGGGCUGCAACUUAGUUUUGUGACUGGUUAGUGCAGGUUUAUCAGCAGGGAGCAGUGUGCAGAGAGUAGUUAAUCUAAUGUUCAUUGUGUCAAAAGAAAAAUUCAGUCGAAAAAAAUAUUAAAUUAUGAGACAAAAUUACUAGGCAGUCCUUACCGUCAGCACUGCUGAUACACACUAUCCUAACUUUUGGAACUAUCAGUUUCUUUCUCAGAGAUUAGAAGGGCAUAUCUUGGGGAAGGCUAAAAAGGAAGUUCAGAGCACUCUGACCUGAGGAUGAGAAGGAAUGAGCAGGUCAUUGAGGAUGGAUCGUCAGUGCUUGUGGUGAUGUUUAAUCAAAUCGCUCUUGACCUAAGUAUGGUAAGGAAUGUUCUGGCAGAGUGUAAAUAAUUUAGGAGUAAAGGAGACAACCUGCCGAACAGUAAAAGCGUUCAGUCGUCAGGCACACAUAAAAGAAUGAAAACCUUGCUAGAUUUUGGACAAAUGCUGAUAGUAAUGGAGUACACACCACACACACACACACACACACACACACACACACACACACACACACACACAAAACCACUUUUGCAGCUGUAUUAGUUUGGCUGAACACACUAUAUCGGAACUGCAAAUCAGCAAGUAGACGGGUGUGGGGUUGUGUGGGGUAGGACAGGUAGAGAUAGAAAUUUGUGGAAAGUGGGAGGAGCAUUGGGUAAGGCUGGCUGAUAGCUCAGAGGAGACAUUCUGUGUGUGAGAUAAGAAUGAGACACAUGGGCACUGGAACCAGUGAGUUCACGUAAUGGACAGUGCCAGUGAUGUGGAGGUGUGGAUUGGAAGGGGGUGACAGGAAGAGGAGACUGUUGGGUAGAGAGUGUGGGUGCAGUGAGUUAGCAAAGGCUUAGGCUGGAAGGAUUACGGGAAUGAAAGUGUUGUGAGGAUAACUGCUACCUGUGUAGCUCAGAAAUGAGAGCAGAGUUGAGCACCCAGUAGUGGAAAACAUUAAAUUGGCUGCUUCCCAGCCCUUGCCAUCUGGAUGCUUCCUCCCAGCACAAGUUUUUUUUAACUACAUAAAUGAGUAUUUCCUCACAACAUGCCCUUCAUUCCAUAAUCCCCCUGGCCUCAGUUUCUCCUACCCCACUGCAGACACCUUCUACCCAACAGGCUCCCCUUCCUGUGUCCUGUCCCCCCUCCCAAUCCACUCUACCACAUCAACAGCAUUGUGCACUGCACAAACUCACCAGCUCCUGUGUCCGUGUGUCUCAUUCUUAUCCUGUGCAGCUGAGCAGUCGGCCAUCCUCCCCCAAACCCUCCCCCUACUUCUGCCUCUCUUGUCCCUCUACUCACACCACUUGACACAACCCCUUACCCCAGUCUGCCUGUCAUACAUGUGCAUGUGCGUGGGGAGGGGGGGGGGGGGGGGGCACAUGCACAUGUCAACGCCAGUUGACAACUCAACACUUCUCCUAUUUGGCGAGUUGUCUCCUUUACUUCUAAAUUAUUUAUCUCCCUCUUCAACUAACUUUGACCUGUGUGCCUUGCCAAAGCCAGUGAAUAUCUAACUGUCAUUUAUGCUGGAUGUAGGUCUCAUAACAGGCUUCACAGAAAAUAAAAUCAGAAGUUUACACCAAAUUGCACUAAGAAGACCACGUCUUCAGACAACACAAGUUUAUUAACCAAAACCUGGUGCCAACUGACAUCGCUUUGGCUCAGUAACCUACAUAAACAAAGUAUCAUUGAUUAUUCUUCAAUAUUAAUUUGUUACAUGCAACAUUCAUAUUAUUAAAUUAUAUUUUGUAAAUACGAUAUCCAUAGUUUCCAUGACAUCCCAAAACUGGGGAGCUACAAAAUGCGUAUGAUCAUCUGUCACUGCUACCUCGGCCGUGUGUUGUUGCUUCUCGGACACCUAGGGACCUCAAGUACCAUCCGAACAAACUACUAGCACUAGCUAUUCUAACGUAAAAUAAUCCAGUAGUUAAUUACUCAAGAUAGUUAACAACAUAAUUUUUUCAAGCAACUCUUUGUUAUAUAUAUUUUACUUUGAUGUCACAUGUGGCGGCCUUUGAGAGACAUAAUUUAUAAGCACAAAUUUGUAGCCCCACACUGUGUCAUAGCAUCUUGUAGUGAGAGUGAUUUUCCCUCCCUUUCGAAUGUUCCAUAGCUUAUUUCUCUCUCCUUCUCUGAGGAAGGAUCUAAUAGUUCUGAAAGCUAGUAUGUGUCGUGUACGUUUUCUUUUAUACGUGUUUUAUCGGCAGCACUAAAUAUUUUGCCUCCUGAAAGUAAGCACUGGCUAGUAAUUCUGUCUGAUAAUUAAAUGUAAUGACCAUUAGACUGUAAGUAAAUAAAUGAUUUCGUAUGUGAAAUCAGCCUUAAAACAUAAUCUCGAGUCAGCUGUAUUUUUUGUCUUUGUACAUACAUUACAUGAGUUAUGUUCUGUGGCCCACAGGAGUCUCUGUGAUAUGAAUAUGUAAAUUUAAUUUUUGUUCACUACAAUAAAGAUACAGAAGUUGGAAUAUAA